GGUGUCAGGAGGCGUUGUCGAGGCCGUGGUGGUGCCGAACGGGGUGGACCUGGCGACGAUUGAUGUGGACGCUCUCGGAACGUCCGUCUUUCUCACGGCGGUGCAAGAGUCCAAGGCCGAGCUGGCAGCAACCUUGGAGGAUGUACAAGCCGAAGUCAAGGCAGCAGAGGCGCUGCAGGUCCACAUCGCAGAGUAUGUUGCUCAGCAAGAGUCCAAGCGUGCUCAGCUCGAGUCGUACCUCGCGGAUCUGUUCGCCAAGACUCAGGACGACGACACGGCCCUCAUCGAGCUGCCGACCAACUACGAAGACGUGCUGGCCGCGAUGGACGCGGCCGCUCGUGCCGAUCGCAACGAGGCCGGAGAAGCCCCUCCCUUGCUGAAGAGGACGCUGACGAUGCGGUCUCGGUCUCCUCGGCCGCCUCGGGCGCCACCCACAAGUCCGACUGGUCUGAGCUUAUGGAGUGGGGCAGCGGCGCAGCCGAGCUUGGUCUUGAUCUUGGCAGCGGCGAGUCGGAAGAACUGACCCAGGCCGAGCGCAUCCGCCGCGGGAUGGCUGUCAUGCGCAAGCUGGACAUGCGGCUGAUGCGGCUGCACCAGCAGGCGCGUGAGCUGCGCGCAAACGCAGAGAGCGGCGCGAGCCAAGAGAGCGAAGGAGAGGAGGAUGCAGAGAAUAGCGGAGAUGCAGGUGCGCUGUCGUUGAGCCGGGCAAGCACAGGCAGCAGCCACCGGCCGAGCGCCGCCGUCUCUCGAGUGACUGCGCGGACUAGUCUGUGCUCGGCCGAGGACAGCGCACUUGUUGACGAGCUGAUGGCGCAAGACUCGGAGGAAGAAGAGGCCAUGGCUAUGGCGUGCUAUCCGAGCGAUGUAGACGCGGCACGACUCGACGAGAUCAACGCGGCACUCCGAGCGUACGCGCCCGACGACGAGUGGGAGGCGCUGUCGCUGACCUCGCGGUUUGGCGACGCGACGUCGCGGCGGACAAGCCAGAUGGAAGCGCUGGAGGCGGCCCAGACGACGGCAACUGGCAAGCGCGAUUAUCUUCGGGAGGCGCGGGUCAACCGCGAGCAGCGCGACCGACUGUUUGCAGUCGAGCGCUCGCUCCGUGAGCUCGCCACGCUCGACGACGAGAACGCAGCGCCGUCAGUUGUCCGGGCCCUACUUCUCGAUGCCAUUGCUGAGCAGACCGCCGCGGGCACGCUUGACGUCGAUGAGCUUGAUCCGGAUGCAUUUGAGCUCAUCUCGGCCGAACAUCUCGUCGAUGGCGGCAAGGUGCCACAGCUGCGCAAGCUGACGUCGGCGGCUGCGCCGCUCUCGCUUCAGCCGCAGCUUCCGACGGCGCUCCACGUUGGGGACGAGGUGCCCGGCAGCGCUGAUGCUGACGAGCAAGCUGCAUAAUAACAGCUGUACAUGUCGA